CAACAAAGGCAACAGCUCGUUGAAUACAUUGGGAAUGUUAAACGUUAGCUAGUUUGAGCUAGCUAGGUUUAUGACUAGUAUUGUUUAAUUAGUUUGCUAGAAAAAAAUAUAAGAUUUCUCCUCGGAAAUCUUUCCAGCCAUGAAAUGAAGGGAACCAUGUUUGUUUGACCACGAUUAAAGCGAGAAAAAUGACAAAUAUUUUGGGACGUCAGGACUGCAUUGACAGUCUUCGUAGAGAUCUCACAGAUCUUCAAGGCGCAGUUGUGGAGGUUUUCUCCAAAACUGGCCCUGUCCGCUUCCCUUCCUGGAAGUUUCCUGACAAGCAAUCCUGCAAUUUGGACAUGUUAGAGCUGUUAGAUCAGUAUGACUUCGUUGAAGGGGAUGAAGAGUUCAGUCAGCAUUCUCACGUUGUUUUGCUAGAGCUGGUGAUUGACAGACUGGUACUGCUGCUACAGAGCUUAAAUUCCCAUGCAGAAUUGGUUCUGGGUGGCCAGAAGAACAGUUCACGCAUCCAAAUUAGUGCUCUGGGGUCCAUUGGCCUAGUGGCCAAACGCUACUGGAGUAAUGUGGGCCUACUGUGCAGAUUACUUCAGAGCAUUCUGCAGGACAAGUCAAAAGAGAAUGAAGAAGCCUCUGAAGAGAAGGCCAGCAAGCAGAUGAAAGCCGGCUGUAAGAUGAAAAUGCACAGCCAGUCGGCCCCCGCUCAACAGAGCCCCAGGAAUAACCCCAACCAGCGAGUGUCCUCCGUACCCCAGCAGAGCUCUUCAGGAACAGGAAGUAGAAUGUGCACCCCUCCCAGAGCAGCGCAGCAGCACAUCUCCACGGACACGCGCACAGUGAGCAGCCAGACGGUGACGUCGGCGCUGGUGCCCUGCACGGCCUGUGCGCGGGUGCAGACCAGCCUGCGCGAGGUGAGCGACGCCCUGGUGGGGCUGUGCCAGAGCCAGGGCCUGCCCUCCUCCCUCGUGUACUUCCUGGCCGCGCUGGAUGAGUCCCUGGAGCAGGGCCGCCUGUCGGCUACCGACGUGGCACAGUGGGCCGCCGAGCAGCGCCGGGACCUGGGCCGGGUGGGGAAGCACCUGUCCAAGAUGCGCGACACCGUGCAGCCACUCCGGGAGAGCCUGGUGGCGCUGGAGGAGGCGCGCGAUGAGCUGAGGAGGCGGCUGGAGGCCACGGAGGAGCUGCUGGCGAGGGAGAGGACGCAGUACCAGGCCGGCCUGCAGGAGCACGAUGUCCAGCUGCGGGAGGCCCAGUCCAAGAAAGAGGAGGUGGCGAGCAGGCAGCAUGAGGAGCUGAAGAAAUGUAUCAAAUCUCUGGAAAAGAAGAACUCCAAACUUCAGGCACAAAUUAAUACACAGGCAGAUACGAUACACAGGCUCGAGAGUGCGAGAGAUGGGCUGCAACAGGAUGUGAACGCCAGAGAAGAAGACCAGCAGCUGAUUCAAAAGCUGGAGGAGAAGAUCCGGGUUCUGGAUGCGCAGCUGCUGGCCAACCAGACCCUACUGGACAAGGAGUGCGCCAAGUAUCAAAGUGCCUGUCGUCAGCAGGAGUCUGUGCAGUUGAAGCAGAAGGCCAUGCUGGAGCAAGUAGACGCGCUGGACCGGGAAUGCGAGGAGGUGCAGAGACGGCUGGGGGAGAGUGAGGAGGCCAAGGAGGAACUGCAGGAGAAGCUGACGCACAUGUCCGAGGAGAGGGACCAACUCAACAAUAAACUCGCAGAACAGCAGGCCCUGGUUGCAGCGGUGCAGGAGGAGAAGCAGGGCCUGCAGAGCCAGGUGGAGGAGCUGCAGAAGAACGUGUUGCAGCUGCAGGACGAGCUGCUGGAGCUGAGCCACAGAGAGAGGCUGCUGGUGGCCUACCCUGAGCUCAGCGCCCUGGCGCACGGAUCACCACAGAGUACGGGCGACGUGUUCAAAGAUAUGGAGCAGCAGCUGCUGGCCAACAGCAUGCGGAUCAGGAUUCUGGAGCAGCAGAAUGCCACCCUGUGCAGCAGCCUGGGCAAGCUGAAGGAGAAGGCAGAGCACGGAGACCUCCGGUCGGUCUCUCCUCAGCAGCUGGGAGUCCCCUCUCUUCUGAGAGCAGGCCACAAUUCACACAAAGGCUCCGCCGGUCAGGGGCAGAAGCAGCAGGGCCUGGGGGAUGGCAGCAGUCUGGCUAGAGCCGCGGAGAUGGCGGGUCUGUGGGGCCAGGCCCCAUCGCUGGCGUCCGUGGCCUCGUCCUCGAAAAUACUUCACCAGCAGACCCUCGCGCUCCUGCUCCCUCCCGAAGAGGACGCCUCCAGAACCUACGCCAGAGCACGCAACACGGCUCGAGUGCGUGCUGGCAACAUGCCCCCCCGGAAGAAGUGACAUCAUGGCUGCCGACCGAGACCUAAAUUAAACUGCACUAGCUGAGGUUGACUGACUGGCCUUGUGACAAUACCAGAGACUCCCAGCCCUUCAGGAGUCUGAGGAGCUGGUCUCUUUCUAUGCUCAGUGGAUGACAGUCCAGAUACACACUUUAUCCACGUCAAUUUUAAGAAAAAUCUGCAAAUGUAUAACUGUAAUGUAUUAAAAUGUAAUGUAUUAUUUUAUAAAAUAGUGAAUUACAUUAUACAAUUCCAUAAGUGAGUCAACAUGUGUCAUACAUUGGUACUUUUUAUGCAUAUAUGUAUAAUAAACUAUAGAAACUGCCUGAGCAUAUCAAAAAUUAUUAUAUCAUUCUUAUUUAA